CGACAACGCGCGCGUCGCGAACCACCGUUAAACCUCAUCAAUCCAUCCCAUUGUCCGAACCAACAGUGCCUCAGACACCUUAAAUCCCGCCAUCCGCGAUCAGCCUCCGCUCAAAUAGACUCCACCGAUAUUUUCAGGAUACAAUACAGUGGUGAUUGGAUUGCUCGCCAAAAGAUCGCAGCAUACUUGCGCCCGGCAUCAGCAAGAUGGCUCAAGACUCUGUCGAGGGUCCAGCUGACGCCGCGCUCCAGGCUCUCAUCAUCAAGAACGCAAAGCAGACAAGGGAUAUCUUUACCGACAUCACAAGCCGUAAGCGCAUAAAGCUUGUUGACCCGGCGACACCGACCGAUGGCGACCUCGACAGGGACACAUUAGCCUUGCGCUUCAAUUCCGAGUAUGCAGACCUCAGGGAGCUGCCGCCAGCUCUGGCAGCAAGGCAAGUUGCCGCUGCGGGGGGAAGGAAAAAGCCUGGUGCGAGGAAGGCGGCAGCAGCGGGCCCACCGGCAGACACACCCGAAGAGGAGAAGUCCCGCAAGUUGAUAGAGGGCAUCCCGACACGGGGAGCGAAUCCAAGAUCACAGAACGGGACUGGUGCCGCGCAGUCGAGUGCACUCGUCCUCAAGGGUCGUGGCACGGGCACGGAAGGACAAGGCGGACAGGAGCAGAGACAACAACAAAAACAGAAUGAUAGGGGACCACCGGUGAUCGGGCAGCAGCUCACGCUGGCACGGGCACAGGAGCUCAACAUGCAGCUCAAGCCCGAAUGGCACAGACCAUGGAAGCUGAUGCGUGUCAUCUCAGGACACCUGGGUUGGGUGCGGGCCCUCGCAGUUGAGCCCGACAACAAGUGGUUCGCCAGCGGUGCCGGCGACCGCACCAUCAAGAUUUGGGAUCUGGCGAGCGGCCGGCUGAGGCUGACGCUGACUGGUCACAUCUCGACUGUGCGUGGUUUGGCCGUCUCGCCCCGGCACCCAUACCUCUUCUCUUGCGCUGAGGACAAGAUGGUCAAGUGCUGGGACUUGGAGACGAACAAGGUCAUCAGGCACUACCACGGCCAUCUGAGUGGUGUCUACACACUUGCUCUGCAUCCAACCCUUGACGUCCUGGUGACGGGUGGACGUGACGGUGUGGCCCGUGUUUGGGACAUGCGCACUCGCAGCAACAUUCACGUGCUGAGCGGGCACACCGGAACCGUGUCGGAGCUAGUGUGCCAGGAGGCGGAUCCGCAAGUCAUUACAGGCAGUCUGGACUCGACGGUGCGCAUGUGGGACCUUGCCGCUGGCAAGACCAUGGGAGUGCUCACCCACCACAAAAAGGGUGUGCGCGCGCUGGCCACGCACCCAACAGAGUUCACCUUUGCCUCGGGAAGCGCCGGCUCUAUCAAGCAGUGGAAAUGCCCCGAGGGUGCUUUUAUGCAGAAUUUUGAGGGUCACAAUUCAAUCAUCAACACACUGUCAGUCAACGACCAGAACGUUUUCUUCUCAGGUGCCGACAAUGGCUCCAUGAGCUUCUGGGAUUGGAAGACUGGUCAUCGCUUCCAGUCACUAGACACGACUGCCCAGCCCGGUUCGCUCCAGGCUGAGUCGGGUAUCUUUACAUCGACCUUUGAUCAGUCGGGCAGCCGUCUCAUUUGUGGCGAGGCAGACAAGACUAUCAAAAUAUGGAAGGAGGAUAUGGAGGCAACGCCAGAGACCCACCCACUUGACUGGAAGCCUACAUUGGGUAGGAGGAAGUUUUAAGAAUACUAUCAAAUGUAUAACACUAUAUACAGUCAGAGUCUAAUAUGUACAAGUGUCAUACGUUAUUGUGCACCCAUCCGUUGCGAAAGAAACUGUCUGAUGCGUAAGGCAUCUACCUACUUUAUGAUAGAACCCAUGUGCCUUGGUCGAUGCUUCCCACUUUUUUGCUCUUGUUAUUCGUUAUCCAGAAAAUUGCCUUCGAGGUCGAAAAAGCUAUGAAAUUUGAUGUCCUAGAUUUCUCCACGAC